GCGCGCACACCCUCCCGGCUCACACGCCCUUGCCCGGCCGUGCACUUGUCUUCGCGCUCGGGCAGGGCGCAGGGACUCCGGCUGCGGCGGCCGACUCCGGCCGAUCUCAAAGGGACAGGAAAGGCAGCAGCAGCCACCCUCUCUCUCAGUCAAGUGGUCACCAGCAGGACUGAAGGGGACAGCCCCUUUGCAGUGGCUCGGCGAGGAGACCCCUGCACCCUAGGGUCAGUGCAGGAGCCCAGCCGCUGAGCCAUGCCGGGCCCCGGGCGGCCUGCAGCGAGCCCAACCCCUGCACCCAGGUAGUCAUGAACAGCCACAGCUACAAUGGCAGCGUGGGGCGGCCGCUGGGCAGCGGGCCGGGCGCCCUGGGACGAGACCCUCCGGACCCUGAGGCCGGUCACCCCCCACAACCCCCGCACAGCCCGGGCCUCCAGGUGGUAGUGGCCAAGAGUGAGCCAGCCCGGCCCUCACCCGGCAGCCCCCGGGGGCAGCCCCAGGACCAGGACGAUGACGAGGAUGAUGAGGAAGAUGAGGCCGGCAGGCAGAGGGCCUCGGGGAAACCCUCAAAUGUGGGCCACCGCCUGGGCCACCGGCGGGCGCUCUUCGAGAAGCGGAAGCGCCUCAGCGACUAUGCCCUCAUUUUCGGCAUGUUUGGCAUCGUCGUCAUGGUGACGGAGACCGAGCUGUCCUGGGGGGUGUACACCAAGGAGUCUCUGUACUCAUUCGCACUCAAAUGCCUCAUCAGCCUCUCCACGGCCAUCCUGCUGGGUCUCGUUGUUCUCUACCAUGCCCGGGAGAUCCAGCUGUUCAUGGUGGACAACGGGGCUGAUGACUGGCGCAUCGCCAUGACCUGCGAGCGCGUGUUCCUCAUCUCGCUAGAGCUGGCGGUGUGCGCCAUUCACCCGGUGCCCGGCCACUACCGCUUCACGUGGACGGCGCGGCUGGCCUUCACGUACGCGCCCUCGGUGGCCGAGGCCGAUGUGGACGUGCUGCUGUCCAUCCCCAUGUUCCUGCGCCUCUACCUGCUGGGCCGGGUGAUGCUACUGCACAGCAAAAUCUUCACGGACGCCUCAAGCCGCAGCAUCGGGGCCCUCAACAAGAUCACCUUCAACACGCGCUUCGUCAUGAAGACACUCAUGACCAUCUGCCCCGGCACCGUGCUGCUGGUCUUCAGCAUCUCCUCCUGGAUCAUCGCGGCCUGGACCGUGCGCGUCUGCGAGAGGUACCACGACAAGCAGGAAGUAACCAGCAACUUCCUGGGGGCCAUGUGGCUGAUUUCCAUCACCUUCCUCUCCAUUGGCUACGGCGACAUGGUGCCCCACACCUACUGCGGGAAGGGUGUGUGCCUGCUCACUGGCAUCAUGGGAGCUGGCUGUACCGCGCUCGUGGUGGCUGUGGUGGCUCGGAAGCUGGAGCUCACCAAGGCUGAGAAGCACGUGCACAACUUCAUGAUGGACACUCAGCUCACCAAGCGGGUAAAAAACGCCGCUGCUAACGUUCUCAGGGAGACGUGGCUCAUCUACAAACAUACCAGGCUGGUGAAGAAGCCAGACCAAGCCCGGGUUCGGAAACACCAGCGUAAGUUCCUCCAAGCCAUCCAUCAGCUCCGGAGUGUGAAGAUCGAGCAAGGGAAGCUGAACGACCAGGCUAACACGCUUACCGACCUAGCCAAGACCCAGACCGUCAUGUACGACCUUGUAUCGGAGCUGCACGCUCAGCACGAGGAGCUGGAGGCCCGCCUGGCCACCCUAGAAAGCCGCUUGGAUGCGCUGGGUGCCUCUCUACAGGCCCUGCCUGGCCUCAUCGCCCAAGCCAUACGCCCACCCCCGCCUCCCCUGCCUCCCCGGCCGGGCCCCGGCCCCCAAGACCAGGCAGCCCGGAGCUCCCCCUGCCGGUGGACGCCCGUGGCCCCCUCGGACUGCGGGUGACGGCCCUGCCCGCCACCAGACCCCUAAAUCUUGGCCAUCGUGUGGCCGCCACCUCCGGGAAGCCUUGUACAGUGGCGCCUCUUGGAGUUCAAGAAGCCGACGCUGAGUCAGGCUGAGUGGACUGAGGCCUGCCCCGCCCAGACUGCCCAGGCAGAGGGCAGGGCUGGACCAUGGGUGAGGGCAGGGGAGCCCGGAGCUUCCUCUGGUCACCUGGUCCCCCGACUCUCCCCAGGCCCCCGGUGGGCAUGGAGCAGCCCGGGGAGGGGUCCGUGCUGGUUCUGAAUAAAGCAGGACCCGCCUAGCGGCUGCCUGUGUGCGUGGCUGGAAGGCACUGGUGAUGUCCCAGGAGGUAGACCUCCAGCCCCGGGUACCAAGAUGAAUGUGGGAAUCAAAAAAACCUGUUCCCAUCACCGGCCUAGCCUAGAAUUCUAGCCUAGAAGCCCUCUCUCCCUCUGGGCUGGAGCUCAGUGAGGGACAACUCUCUAGGGACACCUGUACCAGCCCCACCUGGCGCUGAGAUCCCUCACAGAGCAUGGCCCAGCCCUGGCCGGGAGCAUCGCUCCCCUUCAACCAACCGCGUUGAUGGACACCCACUGUGUGCCAGGCCCCAGCGGGACCCAUGGGGGAGGUGACCUGGGUGAGGAAGGUCAUUUGGGUUUUUGUGAGAUUUGUAUUGAGCACCUGCUGUCUACAGAGAAUGUGAUGAUGUCAAUU